AUAUUGCAUUAUUAUGUUGGGGCUGGAUGCUCGCGAACCUGUUUUGUUCUGAAAAUGGAGCAAGUUCCUAAAGGAAUGUGGAUCAAGCCCAGAAUGCACUAGGAUGUAGUCAUUACUCAUCGCUCUCCGUUUCGUCAAAAUGCUAUUCCUCUGUAGCGAGCACUUUGUUUCUGUGUUGGGACUAAAGGUUGCGACAAUGUUUUGAUGUUAUUUCACAUGGGGAUGUAUAACAAAGCGGAUUUUGUGUGGAUUGCUUCUCGUGCAAGGCGAACGAUAAAGGCUGCCCAAGGGAUUACAGUGGUCGUCUCCAUCUUAGCAAUUGUUUCAUGGAAAUAACUUUUUUUGUGAUUGAGCCGGUGCGUCUGUGGUUGGAGAUGGCGAGUUGAUUUUUGCUGUAAUUGUUCAGGUGGCACUGAUCUUGCACAUAUUGGUUUGGGUGGUAAAUCCAUGGAAUGCUUGAAAUAUCUUUUUGCAAAGUUAUAGACAGGCCUAAAGUUAACUGCAGUGGAAUGUUUCCUUUUUAGCCAUUUGCUGGAACACAAUACAAGUCGAUAUGACGUUUAUAACGUUCUUGAUGAUUAAUUGUUGUUGACAAAUGUUUUAGAGACUAGUGGCAAGUUUACAACUUGUUUGUAAACAGCGGAGGUUGGGACGUCUCUGCUGGCUUUCAUUCGCAUUCAAAUUUCUUGAAAACUAAGAUGACGUCAACUGCAUAAUUGAAAGCUUAAAAGCUUUUAACAGCUUUUUUCUUGUUUUUGUAGUGUGGCUUCUAGCAUAAACAUUCCGGUCUUUAAGUUCACCCAGUAGUUGCAAUGAGUUGAAAAGAACUAGAAAACAACCAAGGUUCUACCUUUUACUUUAUAUUCCUUUGUUCUUUAACCUGUCAGCAUAGAGAGUCACAAUGUCCCUCAAAGCUAAGGCGCUGUACACUUUCCAAAGUGAGAAUAAGGAUGAAAUCAGUAUACAGGAGAAUGAGGAACUGGUUAUUUUUGAUGAGAAUUCUAUAGAUGGCUGGUUGCAAGGGGAGAACAGCCGAGGAGAGAGAGGCAUUUUCCCAGCCUCUUAUGUGGAGAUUAUUAGGCCACGCUCCAACUCUAACCUGACUGACUGCUCCAUAAGCCCAGCUGGCUCCCCUGGCAAUGACUCUUCCUAUUUUCCUUCGGGUUCCAACACCUCUGGUUCCUUUAACAUGCAGCAGAGUUACUAUGACGACGACGAUGACGACUGGGAUGACUGGGACGACAGCUCCACUGUGGUUGAGGAUGAAGACCCCCAUGGGCGAGGCGCCAAUGGGCAUGCCCACCAAAGCUCCUUCAAUAACCCCAAUGUUCACUACCGCGCCAAGCCUCACAUGGAGAGACAGGACAGCAUCUCCAGCUCAAGAAAAGGCAGUAUGGUAGGCAGAAACCUCAACCGGUUCUCCAGCUUCGUUCGAUCAGGGGUAGAAGCCUUCGUUCUGGGUGAUGUGCCUAUGAUGGCAAAAAUAGCAGAGUCUUAUAACAUUGAGAUGGGGCCCAAAGGAGCACAGUGGGGCCUGAGCCCUCAGCCCUUUUCCUGCUCCAUCGAGGACCCCACCAAGCAGACCAAGUUCAAGGGCAUCAAGACCUACAUAUCUUACAGAGUGACCCCUAGUCACACUGCCCGGCCUGUGUACCGACGCUACAAGCACUUUGACUGGCUGUACAACAGGCUACUGCACAAAUUCACCGUCAUCUCUGUGCCCCACCUGCCCGAGAAGCAGGCAACAGGACGCUUUGAGGAGGACUUCAUCGAAAAGCGCAAGAGACGGCUAAUCCUCUGGAUGGACCACAUGACCAGUCACCCAGUCCUCUCGCAGUAUGAGGGCUUUGAGCACUUUCUCAUGUGUGCGGAUGAUAAGCAGUGGAAAUUGGGGAAGCGGCGUGCGGAGAAGGACGAGAUGGUGGGCGCUCACUUCAUGCUCACCCUGAAGAUUCCCAACGAGCAUCAAGACCUGCAGGAUGUGGAGGAGAGGGUGGAUACCUUCAAGGCCUUUGCCAAGAAGAUGGACGACAGUGUCAUGCAACUGACCCAUGUGGCCUCUGAGCUGGUGCGUAAGCACCUUGGAGGUUUCCGAAAGGAAUUCCAAAGACUGGGCAAUGCCUUCCAGUCCAUCAGCCAGGCAUUCAUGCUGGAUCCCCCUUACAGUGCAGACGCUUUGAACAAUGCAAUCUCCCACACUGGCCGCACUUAUGAAAACAUUGGGGAAAUGUUUGCAGAGCAGCCUAAGUUUGAUCUUUUUCACAUGCUGGACAAACUCUCUCUCUACCAAGGUCUGCUCUCCAACUUCCCCGACAUCAUUCACCUACAGAAAGGUGCCUUUGCCAAAGUGAAAGAGAGCCAGCGCAUGAGCGACGAGGGCAAGAUGGACCAGGACGAGGCGGAUGGUGUGCGCAAGCGCUGCCGGACUGUGGGCUUCGCCCUGCAGGCCGAGAUGAACCACUUCCACCAGCGUCGUGAGGUGGACUUCAAGGACAUGAUGCAGGCCUACCUCCAGCAACAGAUUGUCUUCUACCAGCGUGUGGUCCAGCAGCUGGAACGCACCCUGCACAUGUACGACAGCCUCUAGAGCCACGCAGUGUUCCUCACACCUACCCUUACCCUUGAACCCCUCGACCCUUCCCCCAACCAACCUCGAUCCUCUUUGACCAGGGCCGGCCCUGCUCUGCUUCCCCAUUCCUGCCUCUGAAAAAGCCAUCUGUUAAUCCUUCUCAGCCCGAUUGCCGAACUGCUUUGAACAUGGGCAUGAAUACCAGGGAAUUCAGUUAAAUUGUUUUUAACCUUCCCUUGAAAUGAAAACGCCUGUUACAAACUGACAGCUGUUUCAGGAUUUAACAGCGAGUCUUAAAGCUGGUCAUGCCAGCCUGUGCACUUUCAAAGUCACUUUCUUGGCUGAGUCUACAGCCAACCUUUUUACAUUACCAGGAACGUAUGUACUUCUGCCUUCGAUUGAGAGUAUUUCAAUUGUAUCUUGUGACCAUAAAAAGAGUUUUAUAUGGCUACAACGUAUCUUAUUUAAAUGUCUUAACACAUUAAAUAACAUACAUUUUGUCAGUAUGAAUUUCAGUGGUUUUGCUAGGCUGGUGUUGACCAAACCCACUCAGGUCAUGGCACUAGGUGCUUGGGGUAGGUAGCCUCUCCUCCAAGCCAGCACUGCAUCCUAGCAUCUUUACAGCUUUAUAAAUGGCAAUGCAUAAAGGGAAUUACCCUCUUACUUGCAUCAUUUAGUGGUCCCAACAAGUGCCUGUGGCAAGAGAUGGCACAGUUCUUGGUUUUACUUUAGUUGGUUUAAACAAAGCUGGUCCUUUCUUGUCUCUGCUCUCUUGUGUAGAACUGUUAUAUUCCUCCAGCUGUAGUGUAAAGGCCUCAGGCUUCUGGUAACGUGGAUGUUUGUGUCUGUGAGGCAAUUCUUUUGCUUAUAUUUGCAAUUUUCAUCCUGUUGAGAAACAUAGUCAAACACUACACUGAUUGACAAUACUUGAUAUGAGCAAGAACUGUGUCGCUAGGCUUUAUGUGAUCAAAGAUAGACUUGGGUUUAUGUUGUAGCACACUGUGUGUCUGAUGAUAGCCAAAGUCCUAACAAUAUUGUUCUCGUCAAAAUCUGUGAUGAUGGAUUAAAUGCCUGGUUUCUUUGUGGUGUGUGUGUGUGUGUGUGUGUGUGUGUGUGUGUGUCUGUGCUCUACAGAGCACUGGGAAUCUGGGGUAUAAGCAGCAGUGUUGAACACACAUUUAAUUUUAGAUUACAAAUUUGGAUGACCUCUAAAGCCAACAAAUUGUGUCAGUUUUAAGUUUGAGGUGGGAGAAUGAGUACACAUGCUAGACACAGCGAGCAUGACAACCCUGUACACGUGUUGAUUCUUCACUCCGUAAUUUGAAACCACCCAAUCACUCAAAAGGCAUCAGCUCUGGAGAUUGCUUUUACCUCAGGCUCUAUAUAGACUUAGUGGUUUGUGUCCAGUAGAUGUAUGACUGUAGGACUGAGUCAGGGCUGCAUGCUGCCCCUGUGGCUGUUUCUCCAGAACUAUUUGUUUGACCUUUUUUGUGGGAAGUAUAUGCCGUUGCUGGAAUGUAGUUGUCUCCUGGGACACCUUUAUUCUAUUCUAUUGUUCACAGACCAAAGCAUUGUCAGUUUGUACUUGAUGCCAAAAAUGGUACUUGUGUUACAUUAAGACAAAGCAAAGAGUCAGCGCUCAACCCCCCCCCCCCCCCCCCCCAGGCUACCAUCUUUGGCUAGUCCAAACAAACACAAACUUUAUAGACAGUAUUGCAGUAGUUUAGUAGACAGUUGCCUAGAAAUGGACGCAAGGGAGGCAGCGCUUGGAGAGGCUGCAGGGAACUGUGGAAUGCCGAGGACUGCCUGUUCGAGUCAUAUGACCGCAGUUCUCUCAGAAUCCUCUGGCACAGAAGAGCCUGAGUUGCUGUGGUCAUCAUGACUUAACGAUCUGAGACAUAUCACAAGUGAAGGGACUGCAGAUCUCACACGCAUGACUCUGAGGGACCUCUGAGGACGUGUGGGGCUUUGUGAACUUGUGAACUGGUUCCUGAUGGAACGAGAGUGAAAUAAAACAAUGUCUUAAAUUUCCAGUAGUUUCAUAAUGUCACUAAAGGAGAACUCAUGAUGUCUUAAUAAAGAUUAAAUUGUUAUAAAUCUA